AUGAACGCCGUGGUCAUUCACACCCCCGGCCCCCCUAAUGUCCUGCAGGUCAUACAGCGUCCCAUCCCGCAGCCGACACCGGGCCAGGUGCGGAUCAAAGUGAAAGCCUUCGGACUGAACCGGUCCGAACUUUUCACCCGACAGGGCCACUCGCCCGUGCAGUUUCCUCGCAUCCUCGGGAUCGAAGCGGUAGGGGUGAUUGACGCCGUAGCCACGGGCCUGGAGCGGCAAUUCCCCCUCGGGAGCCCCGUUGCCACGGCCAUGGGUGGGAUGGGUCGCGCCUACGAUGGCGGAUACGCGGAGUAUACGUGCGUGCCGGCGAAACAGGUGCAGAUCGUCAAGAGCAGUUUGCCGUGGGAUGUGCUCGGCGCGCUGCCGGAGAUGCUGCAGACGGCGUGGGGCGCGCUGAUGAGGUCGCUGUCACUGAGAGCCGGUGAUCGGCUGCUGAUUCGUGGUGGCACGACCUCUGUUGGACUGGCAGCGGCGGCGAUCGCGAAGACGCAUGGGGCGUUUGUGGCGUCGACGACGAGGAAGGGGGAGCGUGCGGCGUUGCUGCGUGAGUAUGGUGUCGAUGAGGUUUGGGUGGAUGAUGGGGCCCUGGCGGCGCAGGUUGCUCGGGCGGAUGCUGAGCACUUCGAUAAGGUGCUGGAGCUGGUGGGCACGGUGACACUGGCUGAUUCGCUGCGCUGCGUGAAGAAAGGGGGCACGGUCUCGGUCACGGGCAUUGUGGGCAAUCAGUGGUACCUGGAAAAAGUUAAUCCGAUGGAGCUGAUCCCGUCUGAAACGAAAUUGACGGUGUAUAGCGGUUCGGAUGAGGAUUUCACGGCGACGCCGUUGAAUGAGCUGAUGAAGAUGGUGGAGGAUGGCAGGUUGAAGGUGCGAGUUGGUCGGAUGUUUCAGAUGGAGGAGAUUGUCGAGGCACACGAAUGUAUGGAGAGGGACGAGGCCCAGGGAAAGCUUGUGGUAUUACCAUGA